AUGAAUACGUUGGAAUCCUCGCGCCGGAUAGCACAUCUUUCUCCAGCCACCCAAUCUAGGCUUCGGUCCACGCAAAUUCUCGUAUCUCUCUCUCAAAUUAUUUCAGAACUUGUCCAGAACUCUUUGGAUGCAGGCGCACAACAUAUAGACAUUGGUGUGGACUGCGAAGACUGGGGAUGUUGGGUCCGCGAUGACGGCUUUGGCAUCGGCAGGAACGGACUUGCCGUCCUUGCAGGGGGUGCUGAAUCAGGACGGUAUAGUACGUCUAAGGCGUACAGUCCUGCUUCACUGGGCGAGGUCUCAACGUUCGGAUUUCGGGGUGAAGCGUUGGCUUCUGCAGCAGAUCUAUCUUGCCUGGAAAUAUCUUCUCGGACGGCGCGGUCGAGAGAGAGUUGGUCGGUCAUCCUCAAAGGCGGCGCAACUCUAUAUAGCGGGCCCUCUGUCAGAUGGCGUCGCGAAUCACCCGGCACAGUCGUCAGCGUGCGAGACGCAUUCUACAACCUUCCAAUCCGCCGGCUCUCGCACCUGUCGCCUUCCCGAACGCUAGAGCUGAUACGGAAGGACGUCGAAGCGUUCGCGCUCGUGUUCCCACAGGUCGUCUUCUCGUUGGAGAAUGCACACAAGACGAAGGAAGGGGGAUGUGACAAAGGACGGGUAAUGACCGUCCCGAAGACGGCUUCUACUUUGUCAACGUUCCGCCAUUUGUAUGGUCGCGCCUUGGCUCAGCACGUCGAAGAGAUUGACGAAGCAUUGGGGGACAUGAAACUCCGUGGCUUCAUCAGUCUUGAGGGUGCUUACUCCAAGGCUUACCAAUUUUUGUAUAUUAACCACCACCUACUCUCAACAUGUGAUCUUCACCGCGUCAUCGACCACGAGUUCUCCCGGAGCUCAUUCAUGAAGCAUGCAUACGACGAGGCUGGUGAGACCGGUCUUCCGCGUUCCAAGACACGGCGCUCACCACGCAAGACCGAGAAAAGGCCCGUAUACGUCCUAGACCUCAUCGUCCCUCAGCGUGACGUCGACAACUGCCUCGAGCCAGCCAAAUCCGCGGUCCAUCUACAGAACAGCGAAGCAGUUUCACGCUUCCUCGGCUCCAUCAUCGAGGCAUUCCUCCUUCGACACGGGUUCCUCACGCGCGCGAGCGCAUCUACGGUCACGCCGUCGCCUUCGCCCCGAAAGAGGCGGAAGCUCAUCCCACAGGAGGAUGUUACGACAGCAGACAGGAUGAGACCUGGCUCUUCCAGAAAUCCAUCCGCUCGCCCUGCCAGUCCACCACUGAUAAUCCGCCCCGGCAGCGAGGUGCAAGUCGACGGUACCGACCCUCGUGCGGAGAUAGUGUGGACGGAUCCGACGACCGGCGAGUCGUUCGUGGUCGAUACUCGCACGGGGAACUCGUACCCGUUGAACGCUCAAAUAUCUUCUUCGUCCACGCAGUCAGACGUCCCAGGGCGACCGUCGGGUCGCCGUACGCUGGGCGUUUGUGAGAGCCGGACAAACGGCACCAAGGACGAGACUGCGCCAGUCCCGGAGUGGAUCAGGGACGCUCUUGGUGCAAACGAGACAUAUGUCCUCACCGAACCUGUCAUCUCCGCACUCGAUCUGUCCUCCACCUUUGCAGACACGAUGACACGCCCGCACCUGCACCCCCACGCGUGCCGCCCAUCCAGUGAUGGCACCUUUCCAAGUCUCCGGGAGGGCGCCACGUAUCCCGGCAGGAUCAGCAAGGCAGGGUUACACGCGGCGACAGUACUGGGGCAGGUGGACCGCAAAUUCAUCGCGUGCGUGAUUGGCGAUGACGGCGAAGUAGAGAGCACGAGCGGGCGGGCGCUGGUGCUCAUCGACCAGCACGCGGCUGAUGAGCGCAUCCGUGUUGAACGGUUCUUGCAGGAUCUCUGUCUCGGAUUCCUUCAUCAUAAGUCUGCACCGGAGGACGACGAUCACUCCGGUGUGAGGACGCGGAUGCUCGAGCCACCCUUGCCCGUGCUCUUGACCCGCCAUGAGGCGGUGAUGCUCACUGAGAGGGAGGGAGUGCGGACUGCUUUCAGGAGAUGGGGUGUAGAUUUUGUCGGGCUUCACGACUUGCACAUGCUGGAAGUGAGGGAGCGGGCGGAGCUGGGUCCUCGGAAAGAAGCGGAUGAAAUGGAAGGUGGUAGACCUGGGUAUGUGCAGGUGAUGGUAGCGAGCAUCCCAGAGGUGGUAGGCGACAAGCUGCUUGCGGGCGAGGAGUUGCGUGACUUUGUGAAAGGCUACCUAGCCAAGCUGGAGACGGAGGGAACUCCAGCUAUGCCCUCGAUUCAGCCUUCUGCAUCAGCCGAAAAUUCGGAAUUUCUUUGGCAGAGAGCACUGCGCUGGUGUCCACACGCGCUCCUCGAGCUCAUCAACUCCAAAGCCUGUAGAGGUGCGAUCAUGUUUAACGAUACGUUGACCCUGGAGCAGUGCAUGCGCCUCGUACACCAGCUUGCAGAGACAGCCCUCCCGUUUCAGUGUGCGCACGGCAGGCCCUCCCUUGUUCCUCUGGCGGAUAUCGGUCGCGAGACCCACACAAAUCACCCAUCAGGAUUGUGUUCAGACUCGGUGGCACGUCUGAAGGCGGUAGACUGGCCGUCGUUUACGAGGACGCGACGGAUCUGA